CACCAUUAAUAUUAUCUUCCUUCUUGUCAACAAUGUCAUUAAGUCCAUUAUUAAAUCCACUACUUUUAACAUUAUAGACGGUUCCUUUUAAAAAGAAAUAUUAACAGACUCUUUCUUCUUGUCCCGCAUUUCAAUGAAAACAUCAAUGAAAACAAAAUUACUUGUGGGAGUCUUUUCUACUUUUGGUAGAUAGGUUUGGCAUCGAGCAUAGCGCUACCAUUUCGCAACUUUGACAACUUUAUAGUUGAAGGAAUACAAAUUGUUAUAAGUAUUAGAGAAUGAGUUAGCAUUUUAAUAUUAAUGAGUUGCUAGAUAUAAAUUGAUGUUUACCUCCUCUUUAUUCUCCAUUUUCAAUUCGUCGAGCUCUUGUAAUAUUUUGGUGGGAAUUGAGUUUCAUUUUCACUCUCCCUGGAGGAUGUGAUACAUCCCAUAACUUUUAUCACAAAAACAAUACUUGUGAAAUCAAAAAUUUGAUAUUCUGAAACUUGCGCCAAUAUUUGCGAGAAUGACACUUAUUAUUUCACAAUGAAGGAACAUUCACAACUAUUUUCUUGUACCCGAAUUGUAUAUUGGGCCCGAAUUAAAAAUUCAAAUAAUGCAUGCAAUUUUAAAAUGUAAGUUCAAGAAUCAUAAACUCGUAAAACUUUAGUUGGACCUCUUUAUGAUUCCCUUUUCUUAUAUAAAUUACAGAUUUUCUUCUUACUGAUUUUGUCAAUAAAUUCUUCUUAACUUUGACUUAUGUGAAUCAAUUUAUGAAAAUGUAAGAGGGCAAACAUUAAUUUCAUGAUGUCAAAUAGUCAUAAUAGUACUGGAGUGAUUAUAAACCGUUAAGAGUUGUCAUUGAAGGUCAUACCAUUAGAAAAUUUAUUUUACGCUUCAAAUAUACAAUGAUUAUAGCCUACGGCACUUUCUAGUGAUACAAAAAGAACUCUCCUAUCUUGCUAACUCACACAGUGUACGAAUACAUAUUAAAUUGUAAAAUGUACAUGACAUAAUUUGACGUUGAUACAUAUCAAACACUACACUUACAUUAAAGGUUUGAAGAUGGAAUUGGUUCAUUGUUUUUCUCAUUAGAUGAUUCUCUAAGGAGAAUAUUUCUUCAACGCAUAAAACCACCUAUUGAUUGGGACAAUUUUUUAGUAUUUAAAAUCAACUUAUCCUCAUACCUAUUUACUUGUUUUAAAAUGGUUUGUUUUAUAUUUAAACCAUAAAUUUAUAAUCCAUGAAGCAAACAAUCUCUUGAUCGCUCAAUAAUUUUUUUAUUCGGAUUCAAAGAACUUGAAACAUCAUCGAUAAUUCUCAUUUUGACAUAGUCAUUUAGUGUACAAUUCAGUUUCCUUGAAUGUAAUAUUUUGUAUAAACCUGGACUAAAUAGAGAUUGUCUUGCUAAUAUAUUAACCUUAAUUAAUUUCAUUAACUUCAAUACUUACCUGAUUAAUUAUUCUAGCCCCAUAGGCCAUAAUACAAAACUAUGUGGUAAGGAGAAUAAAGAAUGCGGCCAGUAGCCCAGUUACAUGUUUAAGAUACAAUCGUCCAUUCAUUUCAUAUUUAAUUGGAUGUACAUAUUUGGAUUUUGGGCCCAUUGCUUCCAAGGCAAGUGUUUCGUUAAUGGUGUCCAAGAAGCCUCCUGAAAUUUGGAAGAAAAUGACCAAGACAUCCUUCCGUACUUUGCGCAGCGGCCAAGGAAAAAGGGAAUGGGAUAGGAGAUGGAGGAGAAUCUCCUUAUAUGUGUUGUUCAGCCUUCGUAGCAACUUCGAGCCUUUUGUUUGAAUCCUUAAAGAUAUUCAAUCUUUCAUCCAAUGUCUUGCCUUUGUAUAAAAACAUACGUAAUUUAACGUGGUAGAGGCCCCUGGACUUGACUCGCAUCCAUGCUUCUCAAAUUGAGCUACAAAGUAGGCUUGACAAACACGUUGCCAGACUUAGCCAUUUUCAGGCAGUUUCCCAGUUUUGGCAUAGCCUUUUGGUCAGGUUCAAAAAUGGUCUUCUGGACUUUCUAUUGAGCUCCCAAGUACUUUAAUGUGUAGAGGGACACUUCAGCUUCAAAACAAGCCUUUAAUCUCCAAUUUUCAUCUAGCCAAUUGCAAGAUAUGAAUCUCCAAAGUAGACACCAUGAAACUGUUUUUACACUGAAACAAUAGAUUAAGUCAAUCUAAUCCUAUAUGAGGUCGACCGAAAAGUGCAUGUCACCGUGACAUGCAUGUCACCGUAGCAAAGUCCAACUUAUUAAUAUUUGUAUAUUGGUAGAUCAAAAAAAUUACACCCUGGUUUACAACCAAAACAAAAUUCAAAGAAACAAUAUGAUGUCAGGUACAAAGUUAGGUGUGUGUUUAAUGUUGAUGAUUUUUUACACAUUUUUAUUUGCACCAAGUGGAUAAGAUUACUACCAAAAUUACAAUUUUUUAGAUUUCAUAAAUAUAGUAUAACUUUAUUAUUUCGGUAUAUUAAUUUUUUCCAAUUUAUUAAUUCAUUAUUUGAAUAUUUUGAGUUUUAUUAUGGAUUUAUUAUUUUGUUUAGAGCUAUCAAGUUUGUUUAAAUAUAUCAACAAAUCUGAAAAUAGGGUACAAUCUAUUGAAUUCCUUCAUUAAAUCUUCUGUAUUAUAAUAUAACUCCUGAGCGAUCAUUCGAUUUCAAGAAUUUAUUCGCAUAGCUCCAUAUGGAAUGACAAAACUUGGAAAAUUAGCUAAAGACUUGCAAUACUUUUGCAAUAAUUUAUCUAUCUCCACCGAACAUAUUUUUUUAAUCUCAUUAGUAAAUAGAUGCAAAAUGGGUAAAUUUAAAUCCCUUCUUCGACUGAACAUGAUAUCAUCACUCAAUAGGUCCCAGUUUUUUCCAUAAAGAUUGCACAUCGGGCACUUGACAGUGAAUAAUAAUUAUGCCAAACAAAUUUCUUAUUUUAUAUCGAGAAUCCUAAAAUGUAACUUCUUUCAAGUCGUCCCUCCACUCAUCAUCAACAUCUACCAAUAUCCAAAGAGCAAAACAUGCUUUUUGGAAGGAAGCAUGAAAAACACCAUUAACUAUUCUAAUUUCUUCAUGAGAACAACUGCCUAUAACUAAAUGCAGCAAUAUGAGAAGAUAAAAUAUUUCUUUGCCAAAUGGAGGCAAUAGAGGUGAUUAUAUAUGCCAAAAAUUUUAAUUUAGAAAGAGUUAAUCUAUGUCCCUCAUUUAAUUACACCCUUCCUACAUUAACAUUGUGGUAAUUACAUAUUUUGAAAGUUACACUGAUGUCCAUUGUGAAACUAAAAUUAUUGUUUGGCUGCUGUUUUAAUGCAAGGUUAGUCAAUAUGCAAUCCCAAUUGAUCUCCGAUCUAACAACUCAAAAUAACAAUUGGACUAUUAAAUGUCGAGUUUCAAGAAAAGGGUUGGCAAUCAGUCCCAACACAGAUGCUAUUCUUCGUCUCGAUAUGAUAGUUAUUGACUCAAAGGUAAACUAACUAAAACCACACAAACUCAUCUCUAUGGCUAAAGUUUCAACAAUGUAUCAAUAUGCCUAUUUUACUUCUACAAGGUAAUGAUAUUUGGGUGUAAAUUCCCAAAGGCCAUAUCAAGGACUUUUGGUCGUUGUUUCGUGACCAAAGAAUCUACACUAUGAAAAACUUUAAGGUCAAUAAUACAACGGGAGAUUACUAGCCAAUUACAAACAAAUUGGUCAUCAAGUUUCGUCCAAACAUCGAGGCCGAAAUAUUUGACAAUAUUCUAGCUAUGCCAACUUACAAGUUCUAUUCAUCAAACAUGAUGGGAUUGAAAAAACUGCACACAUAAGAAAUUCCUUUACGGUUAAAAUUACUAUUGUCAAUUCAAAAUUAUUUCAAUUUUACGCGUGUACAACUACAAAUUUCAGCUUUUUAAAAAUUUCAUUCCAUAAAUGUUGUUGGCCAACUUAUUAAGUAGUCUAAUUUACUAACAAAUACUAGACUCACUUGAAAAGUUAAUCGCAAAGAGCUCCAACUAAAACUUCUCGUGUAUUUAAUUGUUGGCCUUUUGUUUAAAAUAGCAUGCAUUGUUUUACAUCUAAUAGCAAAUUUAAUAUACAAUUUGGGUACAAGGGAUUAGUUGUCAAGGUAACUCUCUUUGGUAUGAUAGUUACCCAAUUUGGGUAUAGGGAACAGGGGAUUAGUUGAAAAAUAAAUUAAUACAAGCUUUGAAAAUAAAUUAAUGACAAUUAAUUCAAAGAUCAUCAAAUUUGCAGGCGAGAAGAUCUUCUGCUCAAGUGGAGCAACCUUGCUGCUGGCAAAUCCAAGAAUUCUAGAACUCAUUAGUUUUGGGUCAAGGUGAAACUAAGGACAAUUUAAUCUUCAUAUUUUUUUUUUAUCUAUUCUAAGUUUGAACUACAAAGAAAAAAAGAGAUUAAUUAAUAUUAUUUUUGAGUGAAUAAAGUGACGACGAUGCACCAAUAUAAUUCCUCCAAUGAAAAGAACAAGAAAAAUUCAAUAGUCAAUGCCAAGGCAAACACUAAAUGAGCUCAAUCUGUUAAAAUGAAAGAUGGAGAAGUGGCAAUCGUCUGUUUUGAUUUAACAAGCCAUUAAUUUUCAAAUACUAAUACUUUGUGUAAUAUGUAAGAAAAUAUGUAUUCCGUCAAAAAUGCAAAGUUGUCAAGGUUAAGAAUGGAUGAUGUUAUGUUGGAUGCGAAAUCUGUCCACUAAUAAUCGAAGAAGACUCCAAAAAAAAAAGACUCCAAUGAGUACUUCUGUGAGAAUUGUACACAGACAUUAAAAACGACAAUAUCAAGGUAAUGCUACACUUAUUAAUAUGAAAUUUGAUUUGGUAUAGUUCGAUGAUGAAUAUACAUGCCAAGUGAUUGAAUAUUUAAUUUUCCAGAACAUAAUUUGUAUUAAAAUGUUAAAUUAUAUAUGGUUAGAUUCCAAGAGAUUGGCGUCUUAGAUUAAAAAAAUGGAAAUGAGAAUGAGGCUAUGUUAUCUUCUGCCCACCUACCGUACCUAAUGAGACUAUUUCCGUAUUAUUGAUUGAAUAAUUAUGAGAUUUUUUAUUUAACACCUAAAAUUAGCGUGUACUUCAAAAAAUUCAAAAAACAUUAUGAUAUAAACAUCAUUAUACAUGUUUAGGAUCAACCUUUGAGUUGCGGACAAAACAGAGAGGCUUACUUUGUUGUUAUGGAUAGAGUGGGAGCUUGAUUUUUUGGAAUGUCGGUUGAUAGGCUAUUCCAAGACAAUGAUAGAAUUAGAGGACCACCUGCUCAUCUCCUACAAAUUGAGGGAAUGACGUUGCAGUACGACAUCAAGCUCACAUAUUACAACAUCGCUAAUCCAACAAGUGAGUACACAAUUAUCAAGAUAGGGAAGGACGAGGAGGAGCAGACCACCGACGAUAUUCCUGACUUGAUUGAGGUCAAUAAUAUUUGAAUCAAAAUGAUGAUCAAUAUUAAUUACAAAUUUGCGCUAUUAUCAAUUGGAUUUGGAUUUUUUUACCAUGCACAUAUCAUACUUUAUAUUCUUUACUCUUAGUGAUAUCAUGCAACUGUCAAAUGAAGGGAGCUAAGGGUUUAAUUAACAGAAUUAGCUUGGAUGAACGGAGUUGAGGGUUUAAUUAAUAAAUUGGGAUUUAGUUAUUUAACAGUCAUACCGAGCUUGCUGCAAAAUGGAAGAACACAUUUUAUUUCUUUCACGGCUUGCUUGGAAAUAUGGAGGAUCUGAUAUUUUUAAUCUUCGUAUUCGGUGUGAAACUUUGCUUCCUUUCCCAAUAAUUUGCAAUCAAUUAUAUCCGCCUACUAUUUUAUCUACAAUAUAUAUUGACAAUCAUGAUUCAAUGAAACCACACCAUGUGUUAUACUUUUUAAUGUCAAAUAUCAAAAUUCAUAAUGUUGAUGCAAGAUAACAAGAAUGACACUGCCAAUGGUGGAGGUAAUGGAUUCGGUGCUACAGAUAAUGAUGAUGUUCAAAAGAAGAAAGAAAUUGAUCAUGAGGAAGAUAUAAAGACUGGUGAUGGGGAGAAAGAACAAAACCUAAAUAUCGUUCGUAAAUUGGACGAUAUAAAUUCUACUCCGAUGAAAAAGAUGAUUUAUAUUGAAAAUAUAUUUUACCAUCAAAUGUUUGUGCUGAAUGAAAUGCAGGAAAACAAGGAAGAGAUAACUGAAAUGUAAGAGAAGAAGGAAUUGUCAAUUAAUAUUGGAGAUAAAUGUGUCGCUAAUGGAGAUGAAGACAUUAUUAAAUGGUGACAAUGAGUUUGAUACUCAUGCGAGAGGAAAUGCAAAGAAGCGAAAAAGAAAACGUGCACUAAUCUGCAAGGAUAGGAGUUAGAUUUUAAUUGAUCUUUAGGAGUCGGUUCCCUUGCAUAGUUGCAUGGGAUUUCCUUUCAUUUUUUGUAAAAAUAUUUUAGUCGAUUAGUCAUUAAUAUGUUGGAAAACAGUACAAUGUUAAUAAUUUUGAAUUGUUGAACUAUUUUUAAUAAUUCGGAUUCUCUUAUUCUCCCAAUCGAUUCGAAUGUUUAGAGUAUUUGAAGAACAUAUAAUUUCUUAUACUAAUGUGAAACUCGAAUACAAGUUACUACGAUUAUUUACGUAAUUGAUAACUGAAUCCGGCCAACUGGCCAGACCUGUGACUAGUAAUAUACUAUUAACUUUUCC